GCAACCCUGCCCCACGCUACGCAUUGCUAUAUACACCCUCAGACUCUCAGCCGCAUUCGGGUCUCGGAAUGUCGGAAUAUGAUACUGCAAUACUUGCGAAUUGCGGGGAGUCCCCUGCCGGAACGGCCGGUCAUGAGUAGCGUGCAGACAUCAUAGCUGACUAACGAUGGCGCAUUCGCUUGAACCUAUGGCGAAGCCCACACUGGACCCAUACUUAACACACCCUCUGCGCAAGCGACAGAAGCCUGCUCAACCGUUGCCGCACCUCGUCCAGGAUGUCUACCACUUCUACUGUGACCGCUCACGAGACCUCCGGGUCGAUCAAGGUCAAGGCCGAGGAGAAGCAGGAGCAGACCGAGUACAAGUACGCUCACCUGCUCCCCACCUUCCCGAAGGACGAGCACUACCCCCCGCUCGAGCCCUUCGAGCACGUCGACCCUGGCCAUCGCGCGCUGCAGCACCCCAACCCGCGGCAGUUCCUCGAGAAUGCCAAGGUCUCGCAGCUCACGCCCCCUGCCGGAGAGGAGAUCCGUGGUGUGAACUUGGCUACUCUCACAAACGAUGAGAGGGACGAGCUGGCCCUGGAGGUCGCGAAGCGCAAGGUCCUGGUUCUCAGAGAUCAGCAAGACUUCAUCGAGCGUGGACCUGACUUCUGGCUUGAGUGGGGCCGCCACUUCGGCCGCCUGCACAUCCACCCGACCUCAGGACACCCCGACGGCUACCCGCACCUGCACCUCGUGUACCGCGACAAGCACUCGACGUUCAACUACGAGCAUAGCGACCGGACGAUCGCGACGAGCUGGCACUCGGACGUGAGCUACGAGCGGCAGCCGCCGGGGCUGACGACGCUCUUCCUCGUCGCCGCGCCCGAGACGGGCGGGGACACGGUCUUCACGUCGCAGGUGACGACGCUGCGGCGGCUCUCGCCCGACUUUGUCGCCUUCCUCCGCACCCUCCGCGCGACGCACUCGGCGCACGAGCAGGCCGAGUUCUCGCGCGCCGGCAACCGCGGCGGCGUCGUCCGCCGCGAGCCCGUCGUCCACGAGCACCCCGUCAUCCGCAGGCACCCCGUCACCGGCGAAGAGGCGCUCUACGUCAACCGGCAGUUCACCCGGCGCAUCGUCGGCUUCAAGAAGGAGGAGUCGGACGCCAUCCUCAACUUCCUGUACGACCACAUCGACCGCAGCAUCGACAGCCAGGUGCGCACUCAUUGGGAGCCCUACACCGUCGUCCUCUGGGACAACCGUGUCACCGCACACUCUGCCAUCCUCGACUUCACCGAAGAGGGUGCCGUGCGCCACGGCAUUCGCAUCACACCCCAAGCGGAGAGGCCCAUUCCCGCCAACCCCGACCUCAAGCUCAACUAAGCUCAGGUACAUACCAGGACAUGCUGAAAAACGGACCGGUUCGCGUACAUUGCUAAAAGGAAACCGGUGUAAAAAUGGAUGUACUUUAUCUCUGUGGCCUGUGUAUGAUCAUUCAGAUGAUAAUGU